GCGAUUCACUCGACGACCUUCCGCACGACCACUCCAACCACUACGCACCCUCGCAGUGCGAGAUGCACAAUGCCACCACGCCCUCCUAUCCUCCUCCUCCCACUCCCCCGCGUCGGCGCUCCUACGCCCUGGGUAUGCCAAACAUGCCGCUCGCGAACCGCCACCCUUCCAUUCCACCCUCUGCUCCCUCAAAUAUCCCUCCACACUUCUUCACGCCUGCUCUCCGAUAGCCUCCCGAACCACUACGAAGUGCUCCAGCUCCCGCACUCUGCAUCCCAUUCCGAGAUCAAACGCCAAUUCUACACCCUCUCCAAGCAGCACCACCCCGACCGCAACCCCGACGACCCGAACGCAAGCACGCGCUUCGUCGCCAUCAGCGAAGCCUACCAUGUCCUCUCCGUACCCGAAAAGCGCGCGCAAUACGAUGCGCACAUGUCCCACUCAAAGCUGUCGCAUUGGGGCAGAGGAUCAAGCCAGCAUCCGCAAGGUUCCUUUAGUAGCGCAAGUUUCGCGGGGUCAAGGCCGGCGAGUGGUCUAAACAAACGGAGGAGUACAUUCAGGGGCCCGCCGCCGAGCUUCUACAAGAGUGGCGGCUAUGGGAGGCAUGGCGCGAAGAGAGCAGAAUACGCCCAUCACAAUCCACAUGCUGGAGACGCGCCGGGCGACGAAGCCGGACCGGAAAGCUAUGGUGGCUUUGACGGGUUUGGCCCCGGACAGACACGACAUGGAGCAGACGUUCCCCAUUUCGAUGACCGGAGACACAAAGCGACGCAUGAUCACGUCAACGAGCACAUCUACGCGAGGAGACGAAGGGCGAGGGCGGCCCAGCUUCCAGAGGAGUUUGACCGAGGCGGCAUGCUUGUCAACUUCCUGAUGGUCGCGGGCGUGGUUGGGUUCAUUGGAAUGACCGCAAAAAUCUUCAGUGAUAAGAGUGAGGACACAAGUAAACGGAAGGACACAUUCUGAAAGUGACCAUCGGCAAGCGAGAGGACCCGCGUCAGAGACCCUACGAUUCGGUACGCAAACGCAAAGGUGCUCGCAUGCAUGGACGUGUCUCACGGCCAUGGAAGAAAAGCACAACAGUAUAGUUCUCGCAGUGAGUUGCAUUGAGACAUAUUGUUGUACAUGCCAAAGUCAUAGUACAUUUGCCCAUGCUUAGCCACACCCAGUAGAGAAGAAGAGGUCGGCUCGCUAUAGAACCAAGCAUCCCAAAUCUAGAAAUCACUUUCCCCUCUCUUUUCUACACGGAGGUUUAACCCUCAAACGUGAAGCUGGUGCCGAGCUUGUGACCGGCCUCGUUCAGCUUCUGGGUAUCGAAGGAGCCGCCAACGCCAAAGGUCAGACCGCUGUUGACCUUCGUGUUG